GCCGCUGACAAGCUGCAGUUUUCUGUGCUUGAACCAAUAUUAAUGAGAUAUAGCGAGAGGCGCACAUUAAAGUAUAAUUACAUGUCAUGUUCUGUGACCUGCGUAUGUACGUUGUAGUGGAAUUGUUAGAAUCCAAGGGAAACUUUCAGUACUGAACGGGGGGCGGGAGCAUUGUCUGUAGACACACGCAGCUGAUCCUUGGUGUCAGGCAGUGGGCAUGGUGACAGUGCCCACUGACUUCAGAGAUGUACCUAAAUUCUGAACAAGUAGCCCUUGUUGGCCAAGUGUUUGAGUCCUAUGUACUGCAGCAUCAUCAAAAGGACAUAGUAAAUACACUGAUAGAAAGUGACGAGGAUUCCCACUACUCAAUAGUUGUUAAUGCUAUGACACUUUUUGAAACAAACAUGGAAGUCGGAGACUAUUUCAAUGCUUUCCCAAAUGAGGUUUUACCAGUAUUUGAUAAUGCUUUGCGACGAGCAGCCAUGAGUCUCAUGCAGUCCAACUCACAACGUGACAGAUUUAUUAUGAAGCAAAACCUACAUGCAAGAAUAACAGGUUUGCCAGUAUGUCCAGAACUAACCAGAGAGCACAUCCCACGUGCAAGAGAUGUGGGUCAUUUUAUGUCCAUCACUGGCACAGUUAUUCGCACCAGUCUAGUGAAAGUUCUGGAGUAUGAGCAAGACUUUAUGUGCAAUAGGUGUAAGCAUGUAAUUACACUAAAAGCUGAUUUUGAGCAGUAUUACUCAUUCACUCCUCCCACUGCUUGCACCAAUUAUGAAGAAGGCUGCACCUCCACCAAAUUUACUUGUCUGUCUGAUGUGUCCUCUCCGGCCACCUGUAGAGACUACCAGGAGAUUAAGAUCCAGGAGCAGGUUCAGAGGUUGUCAGUAGGCAGUAUCCCUCGAUCUAUGGUUGUGGUUUUGGAAGAUGACCUUGUUGACAGCUGCAAGUCUGGUGAUGAUGUUACAGUAUAUGGUGUAGUUAUGCAGAGGUGGAAGCCUCUUUUUGUAGACACUCGCUGUGACCUGGAGAUUGUAUUAAAGGCCAACUAUAUUGCUGUGAAUAAUGAGCAACCUAGUGGAGUAAUCAUAAAUGAGGAAGUUCGAAAAGAAUUUGAAGAAUUCUGGGAAAGAUUUAAGUACAAUCCUUUAGCAGGUAGGAAUGAGAUCCUAGCCAGUCUAUGCCCUCAGAUUUUUGGCAUGUUUGUGGUAAAGCUAGCAGUGGCCAUGGUACUCGCUGGUGGUGUUCAAAGGAUUGAUUCAGCUGGGACCAGAGUAAGAGGGGAAUCCCAUCUCUUGUUAGUUGGAGACCCUGGCACGGGUAAAUCUCAGUUUUUGAAAUAUGCAGUGAAGAUAACACCAAGAUCAGUUCUGACAGCAGGCAUAGGAUCAACCAGUGCAGGACUGACUGUUACCGCAGUGAAAGACUCUGGCGAGUGGAAUCUGGAGGCUGGUGCACUGGUCUUGGCAGAUGGAGGUUUGUGCUGCAUUGAUGAAUUCAACAGUAUCAAGGAGCAUGACCGUACCAGUAUCCAUGAGGCAAUGGAGCAGCAGACAAUCAGUGUUGCCAAAGCUGGGUUGGUGUGCAAGUUAAAUACCAGAACAACCAUCCUUGCUGCAACGAAUCCAAAGGGGGCAUAUGACCCAAAUGAAUCCAUCUCUGUUAAUGUAGCACUGGCUAGUCCUCUGCUUAGUAGAUUUGAUCUGGUUCUAGUUUUGCUGGAUACAAAAAAUGAAGAUUGGGACAAAAUUAUUUCCUCCUUUAUACUGGAAAAUAAAGAUUGCAGCCACAAAUCUGAUAAGCUUUGGAACAUGGAAAAGAUGAAAACGUAUUUCUGCUUAAUAAAGACCCUGCAGCCUAAGAUGUCUGAAGGAGCCAACAUGAUUCUAAUGCGUUACUAUCAGCUUCAACGACAGAGUGAUAGUAGAAAUGCAGCGCGUACCACAAUCCGUCUACUGGAGAGCUUGAUACGGCUUGCUGAAGCCCAUGCAAGAUUGAUGUAUCGAGAUGUUGUGACUAUAGAAGAUGCUAUCACUGUGGUAUCAGUAAUGGAAUCGUCUAUGCAAGGAGGUGCUUUACUAGGAGGGGUGAAUGCUCUGCAUACAUCAUUUCCAGAUAAUCCCCAGGAGCAGUACCAAGUGCAGUGUGAACUUCUCCUAGAGAGACUGGGACUCCAAAAUAUAAUGAGGGAAGAGUUGCAGAGGCUGGAAAGACAGCAAUAUCUAGACACCAAUCGGCUACAGCAAGAUGACAAUAAUACCACUGCCACCACUGAGGGUUCUAUCAAAACACCCCAUGGUGAUAAUGUGAAGCCACACAUUUCAGAAAUGGCACACAGCAACAAUGGAAAUGUCAGCUGUGUCUCAAAGACACAAGAGACUGAAAAUUGUUGUCCUCCAGCACCCACCAACUGUACAACAAAGAAUAUUUGCAGAGAUGGUUCUGAUUUGUUGGUAGAUCGAAGUGCACAGCUUGGAUCUUCUGAAGAGCUUAACAGACACCAAAAUAAUUCUUCAAACUGUCUUAAUAAAACAAGCAGUGGUUUCGGCCUUGAAUGGUUUGACACUAUCCAGACAGGAAAGCAAGGCAUCAAUAUUUCUCCAAUUUCUAAAACUGCAGAUUACACAACCACAGAACCUCAAACGGUUCCAUCAGGACUUGAAGGUACCAAUAGUGAUUUCAAUAAAAAUACUAUUAACGCAAAAGCCGCAAAGCAAUUAACAAAAAAAGGCUCAAGUGAAACCAAAGGAAAUAAUUUACCAGAUGAAAUUAUUACUGAACGUGUUUCUAAAAAAUGGCACAAACUGAAUAAAAAGUGUAUGGAAAACACAACUAAUGAACCCAGUAUAACCAAGCUCUGUGGAUAUGGAGAUCCUUCAGAAGAAGCUGACAAUUCAUCUGCAGGUCCUGUGCACAGCACCCCUGUCCGAAGCAAAAAGCGACCGCUGACUCCUGUGGAACCACAAAAAGGGACAUCAGAUGUUCAGGAUCCUGAACUGCAGGCCAAGUUAGCCCAACUAGCCAAAUUUUCAUUUAAACAUAAGUCAAAACUCAUGCACAACCCAGGGAUAGAAAAUGAGAGGACUGCUGCUUCUGGUAAUAAUGACAGAGAAGUCACAGAACCAAAGCAGAAACCCGCCCCAAAUGAAAAACUCAGAAGGCUGCUGGAGGUAUCAGUCAGCUCGGAUCAUGCCAGUUCUGUAAGGCAAGGGAAGUCUUCUUGUGAGGUAUCAGUCAGCUCGGAUCAUGCCAGUUCUAUAAGCCAAGGAAAGUCUUCUUGUGAGGUAUCAGUCAGCUCGGAUCAAGCCAGUUCUGUAAGGAAAGGGAAGUCUUCUUGUCCUACUGCAACAGAGGUGACAUUGGCGAAAGACGCACCUGUUGUAAGCCAUGCUGUAGCCCCUUCUGUGUUAGUAAAUAAGGAAAAUAAGCAGGCUGAGGCUUCCUGCAGUAGAAAGGUAUCUUCUAGUACACUUGCCAGGCUGGCAAAGUUUUCCUUCGCCUCAUCUGAAGACAAAAUUGCUGACGCACCAGGUGUUAUCCCUGAAAGUGAAAACGCUUUAUCCUCCAGGAACAUGGGUGCAGGAGGAAAGAGGACAUGUUUUCAACUGGAGUCUCUCACAAACAAAGCUGUUGGAGCAAAAUCACUUUUUAGUAGUACAGACUUUGAUGAUGAAACAUUAGAUUUAGACUGGAAUAUUGAAAUAAAUGGAAAAAAAUAACACUAUUCUAAUACUAAAUAUAUUUUUUGAUGAAUGUGUUUUUGCUUGCUUUGUACGGUUAAAAAACUCAACACUUGAAACUACCUGAUCAAGAGGUUUACUGGAUAAGAUAUUUAUAUUUUCUGUGCAUCAUGCAGUCAGCAGGUGGCAGUGCAGACUUCAGUCUUCUGGUCACAUAUGGCGUAUUUUAUGUUUUCCUUUACUCACAUCUCCUAAUGUAAAAUAUGUCUAUGUAAUAAACUGUCUGAUACAUUUUUACAUUUUA